AUGCUCUACUCUCGCCGUCUCUCCCGAAUACCCAUUCGGAGCCUGCCCAAGCUAGUAUCAAUUAUCCCAUCACGACCUCCCACGACACCCCGCAUCACCAACAGCCUACUGUGUCUAUUAUGCACCAGGAGAAGGUACCACGUCGAGGGGCUGAUGCUCGCCCCGGUCGUCUUUAGCGGAUUAUUCGUAGCAUUGUGGACGUGGAAGUGCCUUAUGAUGGUUACCUUUCAGAACAAGAUCAUAUACAUGCCCGGCCUACCGCCCAAUGCCCGUUGGGAGAAGAUUGAAGACUACGCCAAACGGUGCGCCGGUGUUGAAUGGCGAGAGGAAAGAAUCCGCGCUGCUGACGGCACAAACCUGGCCUUGUGUAUCGCGGACGUGGAGCUUGCUCCUAAUGCAACGUAUGCAACCUCUACCCAGCCAGAUGUUGCAUUUUAUAUUCUCUAUUUUCAGGGAAACGCUUCAUCGAUUCCCCCACGCUUGCCCGAUCUCUCAUCGGCUCUGUCUAUGUUGAAGCGGCGUUCGCUGCAAUGGGACUGUAGGAGUAUUCGAUGCACUAUGGUAUGCCUAAGCUAUAGGGGCUAUUGGACGUCACGAGGCCGUCCCACUGAGAAAGGUCUAAACCUGGACGCUGCCGCUGCUCUAAGCUGGAUUUCUCAGCUGCACCGUAAUUCUUAUUGCGGGGAAGGUCAGAAGUCGAGACCGUCGGCAAAGCUCGUGCUUUGGGGCCAAAGUAUUGGAGCGGGUGUUGCCACCAACCUUGCUGCCGAGACCCCAAUGCCCGCGAACGUACAUCUGGACUCGUUGAUUCUGGAAACCCCUUUCACAUCUAUCCGAGCUAUGUUGGAGGUCCUCUACCCGCAAAAGUGGCUGCCUUACCGGUACCUCUGGCCGUUUCUUCGAAAUCACCUCGACAGUUGGCAAAAUCUGGGAUUUAUAGCCAAGAAAUACACAUCCGAAAAGUAUCUGCCGGAAAUAUUUAUCUUAGAAGCUGCUAAGGAUGAGCUAGUUCCAUCGGAACUUAGUCAGAAACUCUACGAUAGAUGCUGCGAUGUACAGCUGCCGGUAACAAGAAAGGCUGUUUCCGGGGCUUUUCACAACGAUACGAUGUUUCGAGGUGAGGGCAGAAGGUCCGUUUCCGAGUUCUUGUCGCACAGAAUUUCUUCAGCGCAUGUGUAA